AUGACAAACUUCUUUAAUAACUCAACAACAUCCUUCAAUGAUGACGAAAUCAAUAUCAUACGCAGAUCAGAGAUGGAAGAUACUCCAAUAUUAAUGAAAGAAUCUACCAGAAAUUUAUCAAGACUAGACUUAGCAAAAGAACAGAAGCUGAAUAACUCUAAAGUGCGUGUUAUUGAAGUAAAAAACGAGAAUGUACGAGUAGUUGCAGAUUUUGAAACACAAUCACUGUAUACUCCACGAUCUUUUGACUUUUCUAAUGAAGAAGACAGUAAUGUGUUUGUUUCUCAACCUGAUACAAUACAUCAACUCCCUCCAAUUGAAAAUGAUCCGCAAUUUAAAGUAGAUCUUAAGCAAAACAUCAUGAAGUUUGCAGAAGAAAGGGAAGAAAAGACACUCAGUAUGAAAGAAUUUGGGUUUUCUUUAAGUAACGCUGGUUCUGAAGCCAUAGAAAACCCAAAGUAUGGAAGAAAACGUGUUAUUAGGGCAGUUGAUCAUUCCACUGAUCACACUAAAGUAGCCAUUGAAAGUAAGAUUAGUCCUGAUAUACAAAACACAUUUUCUCUUCCAAAAAUGGAAAAAUAUUUAUUCAAGAAUGGUCUUCCUGUUCCAAAAAUAGUAGAUAAGAUAUGCUUUGGUGAGAAAAUGUAG